CUUCCUCCCUCCCUAAACCUCGUUGGCGUGUCGGCUUCCUCUGGAAAGGAUUGAAAGUUGUUGCAUUUGCAUCAUUUGAAGGUCAUUCCGUAUGCGCGCUAGCAUUCAUCAUCAUUGCAUUGCGUCUUGAGCAUAAACAAAAAGAGUCGAAAAGAAAAGCGCCGCUCAUUGUUUUGUUUUGUUUAUCAUUCGAAUCGCCACCUCAAACCCACACCGUCUCCUUUAUAACGGUCGCGCGCUCUCGUAGCAGUACCUCAUUCUACAAAAAGCAGCAACAUCAUUCGUCAUCAUCUCCAGCAUUUUACCUGCGCCUUUUGGUAUUGCAUCUGUUCCUUCCUUCCUGGCAUUUUCUGGGCUCGUGGCGCUGAGAUGGCGCCUUCGGUAUCCAAGAGCUCCAACAUGGGCCAAGUCAUUGAGUACAUUGAGAACCGCUUAUAUCUCGCAUCAUACGUAAACCCUCCCGAGGCCGACACCCUCUUUCCCUACCCGGAGCCGCCCACCCGUUCGCCCACCAAGCGUUCGAGAGCUGCAGUCGAGCAGCCGACCCCAGUCGCCGCUCGCAAACAGCCAUACUACUUCUCGAUCGACGAUUCGCUUCUCUACAAUGCCUUCCACCAUGACUUUGGCCCAUUGCACAUUGGUCACCUUUACCGCUUUGCGCUCGAAUUCCAUGAUAUCCUUGGCGCCAAAGAGAACAAGGACCGACCAGUAGUCUUCUGGAGCAGAGCUGACCCGAGGAGCCGCGCCAAUGCCGCUUGCGUACUGGCAUGUUACAUGGUGCUGAUUCAGUCUUGGCCACCGCACCUGGCCCUUGCGCCCAUCGCACAGGUCGACCCUCCGUUGAUGCCAUUCCGUGACGCCGGUUACAGCACAGCCGACUAUGGAAUCACGGUACAAGAUGUCGUUUAUGGUGUAUGGAAGGCCAAGGAAGAGGGCUGUGUGAUGCUCGACUCCUUCGACUUGGGCGAGUACGAAAAGUACGAGCGUGUUGAGAACGGCGACUUCAACUGGAUUACUCCUCACUUCCUGGCCUUCGCGUCGCCAAUGCACUACCCCGUCGACAGGGUAACUGAAGCCAUGGGAGACGCAUACAAGCUCCUCCCCAAGACCAUCGCAGACGUCAACAAGCAUCCCGACCUGCCCGAUCCCUUCAAGAAUGUUCUUUGUCACUUCUCCGAGAAGAACAUUGGCCUCGUCGUGCGCCUCAACUCCCAGCUGUACUCUCCAUCGUAUUUCGAGUCCCUCGGCAUCCGCCACUUGGACAUGAUCUUCGAGGAUGGUACAUGCCCACCCCUGUCGCUUGUGCGAAAGUUCAUCCGCUUGGCCCACGAGACCAUUACGAUACGUAAGCGCGGUAUCGCAGUGCACUGCAAAGCCGGUCUCGGCCGCACUGGCUGCCUGAUCGGCGCCUAUCUCAUCUACCGCCAUGGCUUCACGGCCGACGAGGUCAUCAGCUACAUGCGCUUCAUGCGCCCAGGUAUGGUCGUCGGCCCGCAGCAGCACUGGCUUCACCUGAACCAGGGAGUGUUCCGUGAGUGGUGGGUUGAGGAGCGCGUAGCUCGUAAGCUGCGCAAGGAGCUUGCUGCCGCGGCUCAAAAUACAGCCAACACGGGCGUCCCGAGCACUCCAAUCCGUGCCAUGCAGAAGGCUAGUCUGGGUCGCACCAGCGCCACGCAGGCCAGCACGCCACCCAGCAAGUCGCGCACACCGCUCGGCGAGAUGGACACGGAGAGCAACACAGUCGGUGUUCAGGAGGACUACCUGCCCGCCCCCACACCUGGUCAGCCACGAAAGACAGGAAGGAACCCUAGCGGGCGUCACCACCCGUACUCUCGCAACGACGUAGGCACCAAGGGCGAGGAACAGCAACACACUUCGGAGACCAUCUCGGUGCACCGCAGCACCAACGAGAGCGAUGAGGAGUGGCACAUGCGUAUGGCCAGGACCUCGACGCGAGCCAGCCCCAACGAGAAGAAACAGCGCAGCGCCAGUCACACCACCACCACCACAACGACACACCACGUUUACUCUUCCUCUUCCACAUAUGUCGACAACGACGCUUCCAACGACAUUGAGAACAUUGGUUCUUCUGUAGGAAGAACAAAGUCAGUCAAGGAAGAGGGCGCACGUUCCAGUGCGAGCGGUGUUCUCGCCAAGGUUCGUGGUGUCGAGCGCUCUGGAAGCACGAGGAGGGCGGCUGCCUCAACCACGGUGGGCAAGGAGCCGACGGGCAUCAGGAAGACGAGCGGCAGGGUAGCCAGCGCUCACGCGGGAGCUGUGCGAAAGGCUUCAGGGCUGUAAAUGCCAAAUGUCAGCUUUUCAUUCUUCCCUGCUCUCUUUCCAUGCCCUCGACCGGGUAGAGAGAGAAGUCUUUAUACGAUGUUUUCUUGUGGAAACGACGUGACGAGAUUUACGACCACUCUUUUUUCUUCUCUUAUUCUUGUUUUGCUUACUAUUGUCUUGUGUAUACCACUGCGUUCAGCCAUCCAUUGCAUACAGCUGGCGUUUCUCUUUAUGUUUUAUCUCUAAUCUCUCGUCAUGUUUGGACUUUCAAACAAGAAACCUUUAAGCUGUCAUUCACAACAAUGGUGUGGAGAUGGCAAGUCAUAAACUAGACUUUCGGUGUUCCGCCAACCAUAACCUUGUUUGUGUAUUCCACAGAGUCAUGGAUAAUAUGUUAUCUCUUUGGCUGUUCUUUACUUCCGUUUCCACGGUUUUGUGGAAGUCGUCUAUGGGCGUUCUUGGAAGGGGAAAGUGGGAGUCGGUAUUUCUACGGAGUUUUUGGGUUGUCUUAUUUUUCAUUUUGAUUAAGGUUAUAUUCAGGCC